GCAAUUGUGAAAAGUACAUAACCGUAGCAAGCUAAGUCAAUUUGUUGAUAUCUGUCGAUAAUCGAAAGAGAAAGUCUAGACAAGCAUUGGUGUAUAUUAUAAUGAUUCUAAUACGAAAUUUUUGCUUUAGAAAUUCGAGAUUGUGGAGUAUUGGUUCCACUUUUAAGGUCAAUCGAUGGAAUUACACUCGAAGUUUUGCUUCAAGUGGAAUAAUUGCAAAAUCAAAUGAUACCCCUCCAAAUGCCAGAGUGAAAUGGUAUUACGCCACUGACGUUCCCAUUAGCAAACCUGAAUAUUUCAAUUACAAACAGGAGAAGGAUCCUGAGAAAUUCAUUCCAUUUUCAGAUUAUGAUUCCUCAAAAUUAGAAAAUCAAUAUCAGAAAUUAUUGAAAACAAAGCUGGAACAACUGGAAUCAGUUGCAGUGAAUGAAGACAAGUUGUUUGAAGUGGAUCUAAAGGGAUUCACAUUACAGCCAGUAUAUUGGGAAGGUCCUGUCUUUGAAGUCCGUAGAGGGACAUGGUUUGGAACUAAUGGAAUUCCCCUUCCUAUGAAAGUAUCAAUGCUUAUUGAACAGGCAUAUCGAGAUAUAAAACCAUAUAAUUUUGAAAAACAUGAGACUGAAAAACCAACCAAGGAUAUUAUUAAUGAAUUCAACAAGUUGAAAGAUGGAAUAUCAGAAGAUUUCGGUACAACAGUAAAUGUAUCACAAGAAAAAGAUAUGGUGGAUUUGGAAAAUGGUCAGUGGGCUCUCUUUUAUGAUGAAAGGGAAGCAGUUAUGUUUCCUUCAGAAAUCAAUUCAAAAUAUCAAAUUGAGAUUCUUCGAAAAUUUGGACCAGGUCCAAUAUCAUUAAUGCAAGUAAAUCCAAUUAAAAGAGGAUAUACUGAUGAAUUAGGUGAAAAUAUAUUUGACAAAUUAUCAUCAAACGUGCCAAGUUUAUCUGAUUCAUUCCAAAGUGAUUUCCUGGCAAUAUUUCAAAAAUCAGAAACAACAGUUGAGAAGAAAGAAAAGAAAGAACGUAAGGGACAAUUAGAAACUGAUUAUGAACAUGAUACUUCCCAAAUUUCAUCUAAUAGAGAAAUCGAUCAUUUAAUACUUUGCAUACAUGGGAUUGGUCAAGUAUUAGGAGCAAAAUAUGAAUCAGUUAACUUCACUCAUGGUGUCAAUGUGUUCCGAAAUACCAUGAAAUCAGUAUUUCAAUCCGAUAAAUCUUAUCAAGAGUUAGCCUACCCCAAUGAUGCUAAAAUUGACGAAUCAAAUACAAGAAUUCAAGUAUUACCUAUUUCUUGGAGACAUAAGAUUGAUUUUCAUCCUGAAAAGCCAUUCAAAGCCUAUGCUGAUGAAGGAGAGCAAAGAUUACCGACAUUAUCACAACUUAAUGUUGAUGGUGUGAAGUCAUUAAGAAAUAUGAUUGGUGAUGUAGCUAUUGAUAUCUUAUUAUAUUAUGAACCCCAUUAUGUUAAACAAAUAUUUGAAGUUGUCACUUCUGAGCUUAAUCGGGUUUAUAAACUUUACAAAGAAAAGAAUCCUAAAUUCAAUGGGAAAAUACAUGUCUUGGCUCAUUCUUUAGGGUCUGCUAUAGCAUUUGAUUUGGUUUCACAACAAUCAGCUACUCUUGAUGGAGACAUUGAUCUUUCUCAUGAAUUAGACUUUGAAAUAGAAAACUUAUUCUGUGUGGGGUGUCCAGCAGGGAUGUUUAAAUUAUUAGAACAAAAGAAUAUAGUGGCCAGAUCAUCAUUUAAUGGUGAUGAUAAAAGGUAUAGUUCGCCAAAAUGUGCUAAUUUAUAUAAUAUUUUCCAUCCUUGUGAUCCAGUGGGAUAUAGAUUGGAACCAUUAGUAUCUCCCAAAUAUGCCAAUUUUAAACCUGAACAAGUUCCAUUUGCUGUGAAAGGGUUAAAUUCACAAAUUAAAGAAUUAGCAAACAUUAGUGAUGGGAUCACAGAAAAGAUAUCAAAAGCAUCUAGUUGGUUUACAUCAAAAUCUAGUCAGAAAGGAAACCCCCAAUCGGUAGAAGAGAAAAUAGCAAAAGAAAAUGCUCUUAUGGAUAUUAUGACAUCUGUAUCCUUUGGAGAUAAGAAAAGUAGUAAUGAUCCCAAUAAGCAAAAACCCCAAAAGGUUGAAUUAAGCGGUGAAAGUUUGAAACCAUUAGUAGAACUUAAUCGUAGUGGAAGGAUUGAUUAUAGUUUACCUAUGGGAGUAUUCGAUUUUUCCUUGGUUUCAGCAGUUAGUGCUCAUAUAUCUUAUUUUGAAGAUCAAGACACUGCAGGGUUCAUACUAAAGGAAGUCUUGGCUACGGAUAAGAAACCAAUUGAAUCAAAAGUAUUCACAACAGUAACUUAACGAAUAAAAUGAUUAAGAUAAUUUAUUAUGUCUUUUU